AUGAUGGUUUAUAGGAUAGGACAAGUAACGAGUUCACCGAUCAACGUGUUGCUUACGCACUUGAGCGCUGUGGAUCUGAUUAUUUGCAUUGCUGUACUGUUGUCCAUUUUACCAGAGACAUUCAAUCAGUACGAAAAAGUCGCUCCGUGGCUGUGCCCUGUUCACGGAUUUCUGUUUAAUUUCCUACAUCCAAUGGCCAUUUGGACAGUGUGUGGUCUCAACUGUGACAGAUAUUAUGCAAUUGCGGCACCAUUGCAUUACGGGACACUAGUAAACAGCCGCAAAAUCAUGUUGGGCCUCUGCGGCACGUGGAUUGUAUGCUUGUUGAUCUCAUUGCCACCGGUUUUCCGGUUAGUUCCUUACACUUAUCAACCGGGCCUACCUGUUUGUACCACGGAUUUCAGCAAAGGUCGAGCAACCAUUUUUUAUAGCAUUUUCUAUACGACCAUUACUCUAGUACUGCCUGGUGUCAUCAUACUUGGAUGCAACAUAAAAGUGUUCACGAUCGCUCGGUACCACAGGCACCGCAUAGCAUCAGCGAUUUUCGAAGUGACGCUGUCGGCACAGGUGACCAUCACGCACCAGCGGAACCCGUUCUUCUUGCCAACGGCGAUGGCAAACAAGCUGCGCCGGAGCAACGCGUUCUCCGCCGUGUUCCAGAUCGUCGGCUCGCUGGCCGUGUUCUACCUGCCGUACUACGGCGUGUGCUUGUACGAGUCGCUGUGCGCGGCCGUGGGCGCGGCGCCACGCACCGACCCAGCCGUCAAGUCGCUGUCGUUCGCUCUCAUCACCGGUUCGGCGCUGUGCAACGGGCUGCUGUACGGCAUCAAGAACAAGCUGCUGAAGAAGACGUACCAGAACUACCGACGCAAGAUGAUGACAAAGUGCGAGGUGAACCAGGAGAUCCAGGCCCGGACGCCGUCGGCUUGCGGGUCGCGCAGACCGUCACUGACGCCGGUGGCCGCGGCGGCCGGCCACGGCAAGACCCCGGCGACCCCAGCGGCCGCGCCACUGCUGCUGCUCUGCAGCCGCCGGUCGUCGCUGAUGAGCCUGUCUGAGACGGGCGAACCGCCGGUGGCGAUGGCGGCCAGACGUCUGCCCGGCGCCACGUGUUCGGCCAACGCUCUGGACUUCGGUAACUUUUACGCGGACGUCCAUUUCAACGGUGGCGUCGGUGGCGGUGUCAGUGGUGGCGGCGGCUCGUCCAUCAGGCGGUGCUAUUCGUCGACCACCAACGACGACGGGUCCGACCGAGGCGGCCGGUGCGCAGUGGCCAACCGUAGCGCGUUCGUCCGGCGCAUAUUGCGCGACUCGCGGCGAUCGCCCAGGAUAUUGAUCACGAGGGCCAUGUCCGAGGAGAGCGAACCGUACUCGUCGGAACAGAGCAGCGGGACCGUGGCCAUCUGCGACCUGAAGGACCGCUGCAGGGUCGGCGCCCACAAGCUGUCAUCGUCUGCCGUCACGCUGUUCAUCGACGACUGCAGACCCAACAGCGGCCGCGUUCACUGUCCGACGGACGUCGAGUUCGACUUCGACGACGAUUGCGGCGGCGGUGGCGGUGGCGGCGGCUGCGACGAUGACGACGAAGAUACGUCGCUGGCCUACUACAGCAGCCCGUCGUCCAGCAACGAUGGGAGCGGUUGCGCGGCCAACGGCGGCCUCACGCGGCUGACCAGGCUGUCCGCGUGA